GGCAGUGUUGCCACCGAACGAAGAAAUGAAAACCAAUUUCAAUAAGUAACUUAAUUUCCGUGAAUUAGGUUCAUAGUUUAGCGGCUAUAAAUGGCUGCCAAAAACACCGAAAAGGAGAAGGGGGAGGGACAGGAGCCCUCCGCCCCAGCAGAGAAACCUGAUCCUGUUGCAUCCAUUGUCUUAACCGAUCAAAAGGACAAGGAACCGGCGCCGGAAGAGACAUCGCCGGCUAAAAAGGAUGGUGGACGUAAAAGAAAGCGUCAUUUGUUCAAUUCAAUUCGAGGUCAAAUGGAGUUCUAUUUCGGUGAUGCCAACUUGAGUAAGGAUCGCUUUCUGCGGCGCUAUGUUGAGCAGGAUCCAUAUGUGCCUUUAGAGGUCUUUCUUACCUUCAAUAAGAUCAAGACGCUCACCCAGGAUGUGCAGCAGAUAGCCAAGGCGCUGAGCAACUCCCAACUCCUUGAGUUGGACGAUACUAAACUAAAGGUAAAGCGAAAGACCAAACUUCCGGAUCACCGUGAUGUGAACGACAAAACGCUUUACGUGGAAGCCCUACCCGCAAAUGCUAGCCAUGAUUGGCUCAAGGAGGUUUUCAGCCGCUACGGGCCAGUGGCUUACGUCUCACUGCCCCACUAUCCGGGCACUAAGAAAAUCAAGGAAUUUGCAUUUAUCGAAUUCGAGAAGGACGGUUCCGUGGAAAAGGCCUUAAAGGCUUUUGCUCAAAUUCAGGGCGUCCUAUCCAUUGAAACUGAUCCUGGUGAGCUGGCCAGCGUGCGGUCUUUCCAGCAACAGCAGCAGUUACAGCAAAAAACCGAGCAGCCGGAGGCCGAAACUGAUCCAGAUGAGCCGCCAAAACGAAAUCCAAAACGAGAGGCCUCAGACAAGGAUCGCGAUGACGGGCAUGAGGUGAAACGAGUUAAACUGGAUGAUGACCAGCCUAGCGAAACCUCCACAGCGGAGGAGUCAUGCAGUGAAACGGAUGUAGAAGCCACAGCGGGGGCUUCCGAAAAGGAGAAGUCAGAACCAACUGAAGGAGAAGAAGCUGUCAAGAAGCGUCGUCGCAAGCGGAAGAAAAAGGUGAUUGUAGACAAGCCGAACAUUGAGCCAAGUGCACUGGAGCUCAAAGUGCUGCCCAAGACCAGUUGGAGUAGCCUCCGUAACAAGUACUUGAACCUACAGCGUCGCCUCGUAAGCGAGGCUAAGAGCAAGCUGUGGCGGGAGAAUCACCCGCAAAACCAGCACCACCAUCAUCACCAACAGCACCACCAAAACAAUCCUAAACCUUCACAACUGCCCGAAGCCGUCAAAGAAGAGGAAACUGCAAGCGAGGUCCAAAGCGAUAGUGAAGCUGCAGGAGAUGGAGUACCAGUACCAGCCAAGCGACGCAAGGCGGUACACAAGAUGAAUAUGAACUUUUACGGCGCCGGUGGCGUGGAAUCCACAAAAUCAGAAGAGCCUUCGCAGGAGCGAACACCCCUCUUCAAGUACGAGCCCGGACUGAUUGUGGAGUGUUCUCUGUUAGAGCCCUGCACCAAUGUCAAAGAGUUUAAGGCUGAUAUGCGCCAGUAUCCGGACAUUAAGUAUGUUGAUAUUAAGGAGGGCGACCAGGUGGCCCAACUGCGCUUGGCGACUCCUGGCGCCGCCGAGGAGUUGCUGCGCCAGGUCAACUGUGCCGAGAGGCAGCUGAAAGUGCUAUCUGGCCAGCAGGAGGCGCUUUAUUGGCGCAAAAUCGAGCAGGAUCGAGAGGCGAAGCUCUCGAAAAAGGUUCGUGUACAGCAGAAACGUGGCCGGGAGAAGGUUUCCAAGUUGCUGGCCAAACAUAUCAAGUUUGAUGACGGCGAUGAUGAAGUACAGGCGGCUGCCUUAGAUUGAGCCGACUUUUAGUGGGGGUGAGUGUAAUUGUAAGAUCAGGGUAUCAGAAAAAGGUUCUGAUAUAUGUAAAAGAAACAGUUAGCACCUACACAUUUGGAAUGUAGGCAAAUGAAUAAAGCAAAGCUGAUCAGAAGUACAUUUAAGAGUAAUAGAAAAAGAAUGUAAAAUCCACAUUUCUAAAACAUUUCUUUCAAAGAACUUAAUUAUUAAAAGUACUGUCAAGAAAAAUAAAUAAAUCUGCAGAUUAAAA